GCUGGCUGAAGGAAGUUUGUUUCCGGGAACAAUGUCCAAACAAUACAUUUUUGUGCUGGAUAUUCUGCCACGAUUUCUCGACAGAUGAGAAGUCAAGGGGGUGAGGCCAUUGGCACCAUGGAGACAACAAUUCGGGAGCAAACUGAAGCAUUUGACAACACUCCUUUACCUUCCACAUUCCUCCCUGACUGGAUGUCAGACUUACCUGACCAUCUCACCCUUUCUGAAAUCUCAGUCCCUGGCACCCAUGACUCUAUGAGCCUGUUUGGUGGCUCAAAGAUCCGCUGCCAGAGCUGGCCGCUUGAAGCUCAGCUAGCUGCUGGUGUGCGCUUCUUAGAUGUCCGUUGUAAACUAGAAGGUGACCAUUUCCUUAUCUACCAUGUCAACACCUUCCAGGAGGCUGACUUUUCUAGUGUCCUGAAAGACACCUUGAGCUUUCUGAAGGAGCAUCCACGGGAGACAAUACUCAUGAGGGUCAAAGAAGAACUUCCAAUUAUCCCCAAUGCAGAGUUUGCCCCCCGUUUAGGACGAUACUUGGAUGAAGAAGGCCAAGGCCGAGUAUGGGCAAAGGAGGCCAUUCCCACCUUGGGUCAGGCUCGAGGCAAGGUUGUCAUCUUGGAGGAAUUAGAGAAAGAGGUGUUGGGAGUGCCAUAUGAGGAACUGAAUGUGGGAGAUGCCUGGCAUGUUCUCUCUCCAGAAUGCAAAUGGGACAAGGUUAAGGAGCACCUUGGAUUGGCAACCAAUGGUGAUCAAGCUGCCUUGUAUCUUACCUUUUGCUCUGGCAAUGGACUCUUCACUAAUCCUGAGGAAUUGGCUAAAGACAUCAAUCAACGCUGUUAUGAACUUUUGAGGGCUCAAGCUGGUCAAGCUGUUCGCUGGGGUGUGGUGAUAAUGGAUUUCCCUGGAGCCGGCCUGAUCCAAACCAUUGUAGAGAGUAACUUAGAAACAGGAAGUGGCCACCCAUUAGCUUAG